AUGGAACUCGGCUCAAAUUCACCGCUCAUCGUCAUGCCCGAUGCAGAUCCAGAAAAAGUAGCACGUGCGGCGGCAGCAUCCGGUUACUCUAAUGCAGGACAGGUCUGUAUCUCAACGCAGCGCGUCAUCGCACACGAGAAAAUCUACGGCGAUUUCUUGGAUGCGUUCCAAGCAGAGGUUGCUCAAAUCGGCACCGGCGACCCACUUGCAGAAGGCACGCGGAUGGGACCGAUGAUCCGAGAAGGCGAUGCUACCCGUGUCGCCGAAUGGAUUCAGGAAGCCGUUGCGGAUGGGGCAGACCUGCUCACUGGUGGUGAGAAGUAUGACCAGUUUGUUACACCCGCUAUCCUCGCCAACGUCAAGCCGGAGAUGAAAAUUUCCUGUGACGAAGUGUUCGGACCGGCUGUCGGUGUAACGCGUGUUAACAACAUCGAUGAGGCUAUCGCUCUCGCUAACGAUACGAACUACGGACUAAGUGCCGCGAUUUUCACACAGAACAUCGAUUGGGCGAUGCGAUUCGUCCGCGAGGUCGAAUCUGGCAAUCUGAUGGUGAACUGGGGUACACAGUGGCGUGCGGACCUGAUGCCGUAUGGUGGUCUCAAAGAAAGCGGUAUGGGCAAAGAGGGACCGAAGUACGCCAUAGAAGAGAUGACCGAAUUGAAGAUGGCGAUCUUCCAUUUGGAUAGUUAA